AUUAACUCUUGAGUUGUGUUUCUGAUCACAAGAACAAUCUCAUUUCUAAGACAAAAACCAAAGAAAAAAAUACAAAAAAUGGGGAAGCCAACGACUCAAAACAAUAGCUUUAUUAACCAUUUCAGCCACCCCCACCGCCUUCAACUAACCCCGGCGACGUCAUCACCACCGUGCUCCGCCUGCAAACUCACCGGAGGUAACGGCCGGGUUUACUCAUGUAGGCCAUGCAACUUCUCUCUCCAUGAGUCGUGUAGCAAGAUGAAGCAGGUAAUAACACAUCCCUCUCACCCUUCGCAUACGCUUAGCCUGCUCGUGGCUCCUGUCUACGAUGGUGGAUACUUCAACUGUGACGGUUGUGGCAUCCACGGGACGGGUUUUAGUUACCAAUGCUCUGUAUGCGACUUCGACAUCCACGCGCUUUGUGCUUACAAGCCGCUCUCAAUCAUCCACAAGUCUCAUCCGCAACACAAUCUUAAACUCGCGUUUCAAUCUCCAUAUGGCGCUAAUAAAGGUUUCUCUUGCGACAUCUGUCGUAAGAUUGGGAAGAACCAGUGGCUUUACCGGUGCAUCCCCUGCGAAUUCGAUGCUCAUGUCGGUUGUAUCACUGGUCCUAAUCCUCACCUCCUUCAACAUAGUACUUCCGCACCUAAUCCUCAUACUCAUCAUGCCGGUCACCCUCAACAUCAAAACUCGCUUCCUGUGCCUAAUCAAGGCAGUAACAGGGUCAGGCCCAUGCCUAUGACAAGGCCCAAUAGGACCAUUAAUCCUAAUAGGCCUAUAGCUCAAAACGCGGCUGUCAAUGGACCAAGAAGACAGAACAACAACUUGGGUUAUAAUGCUCAGGUUGGGCCUAAUGGACCAAAUGAACUUACUGGUCAAGGAUCAAUGGAUGGGAGUGGUUACAAUGGUAGUGCAAGUGCAACGAAUAAAGAGUUUGAUGUUGAUGUCGAUGUUGAUGUUGAUGUUGAUGUUGAUGUCGAUGUCGAUGUCGAGGUUGAAUAUGAAGGUGAUGUGUAUGUUGAAGAGGCUAAUGACGAGGGAGAAGACGUUGAUGGUAACGACGAGGGAGAAGAUGUUGAUGGUAACGGGCUUGAAAUUGUGGCUUGUGUCGAUAAUUUAAGUGUUGCUUAUAGUGAGAGUGAUUUUGGAAGCAGUAGUGAUGCUCGUAGCCAAUGUAAUGAUUUGUCUGAUGCUGAUCUAUAUCCACUGUCUCUGGAUAACACACAAGGACCAAGACCGGUUCGUAUGAACCAAGGCUCGGGUGGCGGAAGGAAGAAAAACACGAACCAGAAUGGUCAGGCUUCUCGGUCUAAGAAAAUAGUUGGUAAUGGCCCACGUGGUGGGCUUCAAGGAUCCAACAGUCCAAUACAAAGCCCUAGAGGACCUCAAACUAGAAGGGUACAAAAUGUUCGUAAUAAUCCAACAAGAGGUCGUGGUGGGGCUGUGAGUGUAAGAGUUAAUAGACCUCGUGACCCAUCUGCAUUUAUUGCACCUCAAGGAUUUAAUGGGCCGAGUGGUGGACCCUCCAAUGCAAUAGAUAGUGGUGCCAACAAUGAUAACUACAACGAAGUCGAAGGCACUGAUGUCUAUGUUGGUGAAGAUAAUGUUGGUUACGAGGAGAGUUAUGGUGGUGGUGAUGGUGAUUGUGACUUUGAAGUUGGAGGUGACUUCGGUGAUGAGGGCUAUGAUCAGUCUUAUGAUGACAAUUAUGGUGAAAAUGAUUUCGAAAGCUAUAGCGACAUCACUGGAGGAAGUGAGUCUAUGUAUGAAGAUGGUGAAUCUUACGGGACUAUGAAUGAUUCACAAUAUAGUGGUUUCAAUGAAGAGCCCAAUAACCAGUAUGCACCCAUGGUUGGGCCGGUUGGUGGACCAGGAAUGAAUAACCAGAACCAAUACGGUCAAAAUGGUAGGCCGAGGAAUGUGGGCAUGUAUGGAAGAGGUGGUACAAACAUGAACAGAUAUGGGAACGUGAACCAAGGUGCAAAUAGGAUGCAACCGAGAACUAUGGGUGGUCGACCUCUCCAAUAUAGGCCCAAUGGAAGACCUAACAUGGCAAAUGGAGGAGUACCCAAUGGACCUCUAGGACUUGGCACUCCAAUGUUGAUGAAUACAAUGGUGCAAGGUUUAUGCCAAAGCUUUGGGAUGAACAUGCUCAUUGGUGGUGGCGGUGAUGCUAAUGGUGGAGCGGGUGAUGGUGGUGGAGGAGGCUUUUUUGGUGGUGAAACAGAAUUCUAAAAGAGAUGAAAAAUGGAUAUUACGAAAUUUAAAUGUUUUUAUUUCAUUACGUAUUGUUUUUUUAUGUAAGCUUGUUUUUCUUAUUUAUUUUCCUCUUCUUAUUUCUUAAAUGUAAGAGCAAUUUCAGAGGCCACAAUCUGGCUGACCUGACCAUGCUCACAUACCAAAUAAGAAAAGUGCAACAUAUAUACUUGUCAUGGCUAUAUUUACAAAAUAACUACAUCACCUCAUCAUAUCUAUAACCAUAUUCUUAUACCAUCACAACAUCUCAUGCUUA